AUGUCAACAUCAGAGAACACAACAACUGCUAUCGUUCAUGAAGCCAUAAAUGAAGAAUAUGAGUACAUACAGUUUAACAAACAACUUCGUCUCAUUCGUUCGGUCAAAGACGAUAUGUACCAAAUGCAAAGUAUUUUGACAGCAUGUUUUGCUCCAGAUACUAAACACGCAGACGACUGGUUCAAAAACCAAAGCACACAAGAACUUUUGAGUGAAAUUUCUCUAGACCGAGAAUUCUCGGUCUUGCAUAAAACACAUGAAAAUCGUAAAAAUUUGCCAAUAAAUUUAAGAGGUUGGUAUGUACAUAGACUUCUCGUAAAUAAUGUGGCACAAUGGGCUUCAGCUCGCUAUUCAUGGUAUGUUUGUAAACUUCUUGACGAAAUUCAUAGACAAGAACGUGAAGAGAUGGAAAAGAAACUUCAAGCAAAAGAUGAAGUCAUUGAAUCCAAAGACAAAAGCAUACAGAAAAGAAUACCGCGUUCAGUACCAAAAGGAAAGGAAAAGAGUUAUAAGUAUAUGAUAUAUACUGAAGAGUUGGAGAAAGAAGAAGACAGAGAUAUGGUUAUGUUGCAUUUAGUCAGAAGAAACAACAAAAGCUUUUAUGACCUUGCUAAGAUUUACAAAUCUGACAGAAACUGGUUCUAUCGUGAAAACUUACCGAUUUCAAUGACACCGAAUGAGCAAAUAAAGGAAAUUGUCAAAAGUACUCUUCCUCAAACACACUAUGACAUCAAAGGUUGCACAAUACUUACAUUCAAAGAAGACUUACCAUUACUGAAGGAAAAAAUAACAGAAUAUUUCGAUAACUUCAAAGAGGAAGAAUAA